CUGUUAUCCUGUAGGCGUCUCCUUGAAGAGCGCAAUCCUGGAUGAAGAUUCGGCUGCUUUGACAGCUCGCGUCGUCCUUGAUUUCAGAAUAACCCAGGAUAAUGGAUGUUACACGCGGUUUCCUGCCUUAAAGCCUCUCACGCGGUUUCACGGCGCACACAAAGAGGCCUCUUUUUUCCGCUUCUUCUCCGCUGCUUUUGUAGUCCACCGUCCUCGAUAUGGCCCGUUUGAGCCGCUCGAAUAAUGGCACAUGAAUCCAGGCCCAGCCUAUCCUUGAACACCAACUUUCCAUACAAAGUUGUCUGCUUCUGUCGGAUCAGCCGAUUAUAAUCCCAGCUGUGUCAAACCGUCAUCCAUUGACAGAGACUGACCUUUGACCUGGACCCAGCCCCUGGGCUUUGUGGUCAUGUCUAGCCCCAGCAGUAGUCCAGAGAGAGAGGAAGGGAUCACCGGGUCAAUUCAGAUUGAGAACCUCGGCUCUCCAGCAGGUCAGGAGGCUGACCCGCUCUCUGUUGGCAGCCCUGUGCUAAGCCCAGACUCCAGUUCCCAUGAUGCCGCUCUCUCUGCACCAGCAGUCUCGCCUGCUGACUCGGAGAAUCUCAGUCCAGACGAACUGGAGCUGCUGGCCAAAUUGGAGGAACAGAAUAGGCUCCUGGAGGCUGAUUCCAAAUCCAUGCGCUCUAUGAGCGGCUCUCGCAGGAACAGUGGCUCCUCGUUGGUGUCCAGCUCCUCGGCCUCGUCCAACCUCUCGCACCUGGAGGAGGACACCUGGAUCCUUUGGGGACGCAUUGUUAACGAGUGGGAAGAGUGGAGACGUAAGAAAGACAAAUUACUCAAGGAACUGAUAAGAAAGGGGAUCCCGCAUCAUUUCCGGGCGAUUGUGUGGCAGCUGCUGGGCAACGCCACAGACAUGCCAGUAAAGAACCAAUACUCAGAGCUGCUGAAGAUGUCUUCACCUUGCGAAAAGCUCAUCCGCAGGGACAUCGCCCGUACCUACCCUGAGCACGAGUUCUUCAAGGGGCAGGAUAGUCUGGGCCAGGAGGUCCUCUUUAACGUCAUGAAGGCAUACUCCCUCGUAGACCGAGAGGUAGGAUACUGUCAGGGCAGUGCCUUUAUCGUUGGGUUGCUGCUCAUGCAGAUGCCAGAGGAGGAGGCAUUCUGUGUAUUUGUGAGGCUGAUGCAGGAAUACAGACUUAGAGAGCUCUUUAAACCAAGCAUGGCAGAGCUGGGCCUCUGCAUAUACCAGUUUGAAUACCUGCUGCAGGAGCAGCUGCCGGAGUUAAAUGUGCAUUUUCGCUCACAGAGUUUCCACACCUCCAUGUAUGCUUCAUCAUGGUUCCUCACACUCUUCCUCACCUUUCUGCCUCUACCUAUUGCCACACGUAUUUUUGAUAUCUUCAUGUAUGAGGGUCUGGAGAUUAUAUUCCGAGUAGGAAUGGCCAUUCUACAGUACAACCAGACCGACCUCAUACAGCUGGACAUGGAGGGCAUGUCACAGCACUUUCAGAAGGUUAUCCCUCACCAGUUUGACAGCUGCCUGGAUAAACUCAUCCUCCGAGCCUAUCAGAUCAAAUACAACCCUAAGAAGAUGAAAAAAUUGGAAAAGGAGUAUACCACCAUCAAAAACAAAGAGAUGGAGGAACAGAUAGAAAUCAAGCGUCUUCGCACUGAGAACAGACUGUUAAAACAGAGGAUUGAGACACUGGAGAAGGAGAGUGCCGCACUGGCAGACAGGUUGAUCCAGGGUCAGGUAACGAGAGCGCAGGAAGCGGAGGAGAAUUACGUGAUCAAACGCGAAUUAGCGGUGGUGCGGCAACAGUGCACGACAGCCAGCGAGAGCCUGGAGAGAGCACAGGAUACGAUACGGGAAUUGCAGCAACACACAUAUACAGAGCAGUUUGUGAACGGGCUGCAGGCUCAGCUCGAACAGUCUCGCCUUCAGGAAGCGGAGCUCCUUGGUGCACUGAAGGAGAUGCAGGACAAAGUACUGGACCUUGAGAAGAGGAGCAGCUCCCUGCCUGAUGAGACGAACGUAGCGCAGCUGCAAGAGGAGCUAAAACAGGUCAAGAUGAGAGAGUUGGAGACACUGCGUUCCUUUAGAGAGAUGCAGGAUAUGGUCACUGAACUUAACCAGCGCUGGCAGCACUACACAUCACGUGGUGGCCACUGGAAAGAGUCUCCUAAGAAAAAUGCCCUGAAUGAAAUGCAGGACAAGCUGAUGAGCAUGAGACUGAAAGAGGCUCAUGCACAGGCUGAGGUCAAAGAGGUCAAACUUAAAAAUGGGCAAUUGGAGAGCCAGAAUCAGAUCUAUAGCAAGGCGAUUACUCGCCACGAAAAGGAGAGCGCUACCCUGCAGGAGAGGCUGCAGAAUGCUUUGUCACACAGCAAGAGCUUGCAGAGUCAGCUAAAUGAAAUGAAAAGGAAGCAGGCCGAGUUAGACUGUAAGAGUAAAGAGGAGGUGAUGGCAGUGCGUUUGAGGGAAGCAGACAGUAUGGCAGCCAUGGCUGAACUCCGGCAAAAAAUAGCUGAGCUAGAAUUGCAAAAAGAAGAAGGGCUAAUACAAGGUCAGCUAAAUCAUUCUGACUCCAGGCAGUACAUUGAUCAGUUGAGGGAACAGAUUGCUGAGCUUAAGAAUGAGAUAAGGCAGCUACGUGGUCAGCGGUCCAAAUUUCAGAACUCUGGAGGCUCCGCCUAUCAGGACCUGUGUUUGUCAAGCCCGGUUUCUGCAGAGGGAGACUACCUGAGUUCAGACGAUGAUCUGCUGCAAAGCCCGUUGCCUGGCACAGCGCUGUAUUCCCACCACACCUCGACCCGCCUGGACAGCGAAGGCAGCACAGAGAGUGACGGAGACGAGAGGAACGAAUCCCACACCACCCUCCCGUGUCAGGACACAGCACCCACCCAGCAGCAGCUUUAUCCAGACAUGGUGUACGCUGAGGCCCCAGAGAACUGAAGUGGGGCAUUUGGUGCAGGAGGGUGAAGCAGAUAGGACAAAAGUCAUCAAAAGCAUGGGGAGGUGAAACUCGGCACACAUGCUGACACUCUCCCAUGUUGAUAGACCUAAAAGGCAAAACUCUGGGGUUAGUUCAAAAGGAGGACUCAAUGUAUAUACAAAGUGGACCUAGACAGAGGUCAUCCUUCAAUCCCUUCCUGUGUCUCCAUCCUUACAUCUCUUUACCUUUUCCUCUGGAGUAGUGAAGGUAGACUUGUGCAAAACUGGUCCUGAAACGUCCAAUAAUACCCAUCAGCAUCGGCUUUAGACGCACAUGAUCACGCACAUGCACACAAACACACUUCUAGUGUCUAGUGCCCUAUUUUCAUGACUAUAAUGCAGAAACAGAAGUAAUAUUGAUGACAUGAUUGUGAAGACAGUUUGUGUGUGAAUCAAUACAAUAGAAAAAUCUUUCUUGGGUAAAUUUUUCUAUGAAAAGAAGUGCAGUGGUGUUUUUUAUCAUCUAGUACCCCUUUUUUUCAAUGAUGUGAUGUGUAAAUGAUGCUCCGACAUGUUGAGUUACAUUUCAUCGCCAAACCUAAGUUUUGUUCUGACAUGUCGAUUACUUGUAAAAUGUAUUUAUUUUGUAGCUAGAAGGAGAUACAUUAUAUUGAUGUGGGAGGCAUUUACGUUGAAGUGGAUCUUUUUUUCUGUUAAGGCAGUAAGCUACUGCAUUAACAUUAAUGUUGAAGAGAGAUGUUUUGAAAAUACCACUGCAUACAUUUAUUUUGGACCUGGCAAAACUAAUGCCUAACCAUUAGACAGAAAUUAAAUAUAUAAGGCCCUAGCUAUUAUCACAUCCAUGAGUUAGAACCCACAAUAGCAAUUAUUUUAACUGCACUACCACUCUGAAUGUGUAACAUCAGUUCUUUGGGAGAUGGAUGAUAUAAAUCGUAAAUAAAAAGUGAUCUAAAUCACUUCAGGUAAGGGUGCAGAGAGGCUGAAUGACCAAUCCACAGUUGCAAGCCUCUGGUAGAAAAAUAGUUGAAGUUAGAUAAAAAGGUCAGGAUCAUUAAAUAUUGCAGCCUUGUCUGUACAUAGAGUCUCUUGCCACAGGAGCGCACUUUUGACAUAUCUUGAAACACACUCCAAUCACUUUAUUUGAAGGAAGGGAAAAAGGACAGAAGCUUGACAUAAACGUUUGUUGUAUGUUAGUAUGUUAAUAGAUGUUAAUAGACACGUAGCUAAAAAAAAAACCUACAAGUAUCUACUGUAGCUAAUUUGUGUUUGUGUGUGUCUCAGUGCAUUAAAAACAAGGACGGUAAAAGUUUAUUUCAGUGCUGAAAAAGAACACAAAACUACAAAAACUAUAUCUUACACUUGCCAAAUUGUACAUGUUAUUUAUGUUUUUUUAUUAUUAUUUAUUAUUUUUUUUAUUAUUAUUAUUUUAUACAUAUAUAGAGACCAACAUACAUAUAAAUACUCCUUGAAAUUUUUAUUCUGUGCCAAAAGUUAAAGCUGCAACAUAAUGGCAUUUUAAGGUCUCCAUGAAAUGAGAAAAUAUCUAACGUGUGCUGCUAGUAAUCCUUUUUUUUUAUUUUUUUUUUUUUAUAUAAAUUCCUUAUAAUUUCAUAUAUGCACAUUUUCUAACACUUCUAAUCCCAUGUAGUAUCAGUGUGUUAAUGCACACUAUGUGAAUACUUGAGGGUUACUUGAAUUUGAUGUUUUUUAUAUAAUAGAUCAUUUUCCAUGGCAAAAUUAAGUUUCCUUAAGUGUAAAAUAAACUGGUCAGCACUGGGUUUUUGAUUUGGCAUAGUGAAUUAUAAUGUGUAAAUACCACUUUUGUUUCUUAGGCCAAAUUUUAAAACAAUAAAAUCUAAUGAAUGCCAUGAAAUAAUUCCUUUUAAAAAUAUCUUGUUAGUUGUAGUUAUGUACAUUUCGAUUUUUAUCUUGGUUGUGUGAAAUCAGGCCACAGCAACCAUGUUUCUCAUCGUGUUGACACUUGUGGUGAUCUCUUUUUUAUUUUUCUCUUCAUUACUCAUGCAGGUUCUGUGAGAAUUUCUCUUGAUAGUGCGUUUGUCAGUGAUUUCAGCCCUGCCUUAGUUCAUUUAAUCUCAAAUGUACUCCAACACAUAUCAUGCUUGUCUUUGAACCAGAUGUGGAUAUGAGUGGGUGUAUAAUUAAGGACAGAUGCCUAGAAAGGUAAAAGGUUUUGUUCCGUAUCUGUAAACAAAGCUCCUUUUUUUUUUUUUUUUUUUAAAACAUAUAUAUGUAUGGUACAUAACAGAGAGUGAUGUGAGAGAUGUAUUUAAUGUAUAUUAUAAAGCAAACGAUAUUAAGAAAUUAUAAAGCCUGUUGUCAAAGAACAGCAUGUCUAUUUGUGAGCGGCAGAUGUUUUACUUCUGUUUUGAAGAGGCUACAGGGUUUUUACAUGGAUGUGAUGUUUGACAAGCAGCUAACAUCAUUCAGCUUGGAUAUUCGAAUCAUUUACCCUUUAAACAUCUUUUAACCAUCAUAUUCAGUAUGGAACAAAAAUCAGCACAUGGCGAGAAGAAUUACAACUAAAUUUCUAUACUCCAUAAAACAUGACCAUAUGGAUUUUGGAUAAAAGGAUGUGCUUUUAUUUUUGGCAACAGCAGGAAAACUAUAAAAGCGCCAAAAUUUAUUCCUAGUAUUACUAAACACCAACGUAUCGUGAGACAAGCUGGUGGACUGGGUCUGAGGUUACAUAUCAUUAUCAUCUCCCACUGUGUUGGUGUAAGGGACUUAAUGUAGCAUUUUUGAAAAUUUCACAGGAAGUUGGGCUCAUAUCUUGGUCUUCUUACAUCACAACAUGUAACUGUUUUGUGGUUGAUGUUUGCCUUCCAGAGAAUGUUGACCAAUCAGGGUGUAUGUGUAUGCAUGUGUGUGUAUGUGGAGAGACCUGUACAAAUAUCAGUUUAAGUCCAAGCAAGAUAAAUGUUUGGGUGGAUAAAUCUUGUCUUCAUACAUUAAUAUCCAAAUUGGAAGGAGUAUAUAUUGGAUCAUUUUCAUGGACAGAACUUGCUGUUGGUUUAUAGGCCAAACAUGAACCAGAAUGAACACCAAAUGACCAUGUACUUGUAUAUCAGUCAAAGUGUCAUACACUAUUUCCAUGGUGCUCAAACGUGUCGUUUCUCAAACUAUCCCACUUUAAUUGUUUCACCUGCCAUCACUGUGAUACUGGAAGAAUCUCUCCACUGUUUACAUAUAUUUAUGUUUGGUUCAUUGCCUUUAAUUUAUUGCAAUCAUGGAUUCAGUGAAUCAUGGUUGAACUUGUUUGGGGUUUCGAGACCCCUGUUCAGUGCCAUAAAACUAAUUUCAUCAAGAGACUUAUAACAUAUUUACAUACCAUGUAUAACCCUUUUCAGAUAAUACUAAUUCAAAAUGCUUGUAAAAAGAGUGCCACUAAAGACUGCUACUGUUGCUGUUAAAGAUGAAGUGAAAUGGCAAGAACGUAGAGUCUAUUGAGUGUCAGUCUGCAUCAGUUGUCCACUUUGGUAAUUCCCUUUGUUUCCAAAGACAUUUUCUUCCUUUCCUCAGUAUAAGGAAACAUGGAAGCUACCUAUUGUUUCUGACCCGUUGUGUUCCGAACCUGCCCUUCGUGUUCUUCUCAAUCUUUAUACAUUUUAAACAUUUUUCUUUCAUGUGACAAAGUGUGGAUGCUGUCAAAGUGGCUUGUAACGACCAGUGUGAGUUCCUUCCCUUGCUAGUCACCUUCAUGACUUGCUUUUAGACUUCAACAGUAUUAAAGAAUAAACUGUCUGGGUUUUGUUUAUGCCCUCCAAAUCCGGUCUAUUUACUCUUGAAGGUCAACAAAUGUCUCGUCAAAUAUUACAUAAAUGAAAUUCAUAAAAAUUAUGAUAAUAAAAAUAUUUAAUUACUGUGUUCUGUACUUUAUGAAUGAUAUGAACAAAAAAAGAAUAAAAAUUUACACUAUUCUCAAAGUUCA